UAGAGUAAUAAUAAUUCAGUUUCUGGAAAUAUGAGAUUGAUAUUUUAAUUUAUUUGGCAUUUUGACUAAUUUUAAUUUCAAAUUAAUUGAUAUUAAUAAAUAUCGUCGACGAAAAAAAUGAAAUUUAUAGGUAAAAAAUUAGAAAAACUUUUCAGCUGAUCAGAAGUAAGCUAUGGAGUAGAAGUGGAGUAGUAAUUCGCAAAAGGAAUGGAGGAUUUUGCGAAGAAGGUGUCCAUAUCAGAACCAGAGACCAUAAAUAUGGAGAAUCAAGCUGAAGAGAAACAAGAAAAAGGCUCAAAAAUCAACACCACCAACGAAGCAAUUCUAGGGUUGCUCCGCAGAUUCCUCGCUGUUCAGCAGCGCCGCGCCCUCGCUUAUGCCCGCCUCAAACGGGGUUUUGAAGAUUAUAGGAUCUCGGGAGGUGAAUUAGCUUUUCAGCAGCUUUGCAGUGAGAUUACUCUCGAGUUUAAUGAUUGUUCAAAGCAGGUGCUUGAAAUGGAAUCGAUAUUUGCAAGUCCUGCUUAUUGCAGAGAGGAUCUGGCUGGCUUGCUGAGAUCAGUUCAAGUCAAAGAAAAGGAGAAAUUGAAUUUAACAGCUACAAUUCAAGUGCUGAAGAAGGCUGGUCGACCCUCGGAACGCUUGGUAAGCCAUGAGAAUUGCAGAUUUACUCAGUCGACGGGACACGAAUGCAUGCACAUCCAGCAAAUAACUGAGGAAUCUGGAACCGAGGAAGCUGAGGCUGAUUCUGAAUACGAUAAUGCCCUCAAGGAAGCUGUUCAAGGCAUUCAAGAUGCAGUCACUUCUAUAAACGAAUACUUGGAAGAGGUCAGGUAUGAGAUUGCAGCACUUGAAGACGAAUAACACUCUCACUUUCUUUUGGUGGUGUAAGUGUAGUGGCCCUUAUGCCCAAUGCUUUUCCUGGAGACUUAAUGGUUGAAAGUUACGUACUGUUGAAUUUAGAGGGGUAGUGGGCUUUUCAUAUAGUAUGCCUUAAUGAUCCUGAUCGAGCAGUGAUCAUCUCAGCUCAGUUUAAUAAUUUAAAUUCUUGGUUAGAAGGUUAGAAUUUGGAAGAAUAUUGAAUACACACAAUUCGAUGCAUGUAGAUGGGACUGGGAGUAUAACUAGUGGAUGAUUUUGGUCUUGGAAAUAUCAAAUGUUCAACUA